CAUCAGCUGGUGAUAUAACAUGACUUUGACAAUUGGAAACGCCGCAAUGUUACGCAGAAUACUACCAAGUGUGCGGUUGGCGCUGCAAGUGCCCAAGGCAACCACAACUGCUGUGAGGAACACCAGUGGAAGUGUUUAUGAACCGGAUUAUCUGGAGUCCCUGAGGCCGAAGUUCCCGCAGUACGAUAGCCUCAAUGUCCAGAUCAAGGGCUAUGACUAUCCACAGUUGGAGAGCUACCAGCGGUUCCUCCAUGGAGUGGCCGAGUACCUGGAUCUGGACGUGUCCGACUGCUACGCCCUUCCUCCGCAACAGACGCAGGUGCAGCGAUUGCGACCCAACUCCACGGUCAUCGAGUCCGAGUACAAACUGACCACCUACGAGCGUAAUCUGCAGCUGAACAGUGUGGAUGCUCCGGUCUACCCGCAGUUCCUGCGCCUCGCCCAGGCAGCUUUGCCCGAAGGAGUCAGCCUGAAGGUCCAGGAGCACACCGACGACUGCGAGGAGCGACGAUAUGUGCCCGACAAAGAGCUGCUCGACCUCAAGGACGAACUGGAGCGCAUGGGCGGACCCACCAACACCAAGAAGAAGUAGGCGGAGCAUCCGAUUUGGCAAACAUUUAAUGCUAAGCUUUAAUGAGUAACCUGUGUGUAAAGUGUAGAGAGAACCUAUGAAUAAAAACUUUCCUAUUUAAA